UUUAAAUUAGUCAUAAGUUGUAUUAGUUAAAAAUUUUUUUUUUUUCUUUAUAAAGUUGUGUUUAUAAAGUUGACAUAAAUAGUCGAUAAGCUAGUGAAUAUAUUAAGCUGAGUUUUCUUAUGUCUGCAAUCGGUAAAGAAGAUGGUAACCAAUCAUGUGGUCUUAUUAAAAAUCGACCAAUAGCGUUGAGCAUUGUUCUCUCAGAUGACCAAUAGUGUCAUAGCAUCAUAAUUGUGUCGACAUUGUGCGUAUAGCGUCUACAAUAUACUACGCAUAACAUCUACAAUAUACUAAGCGUCGAUUUUGUUCUCUAUAGCUCUUCAUUUAAUUUUAUUUUUAUUUGAUACAUUUGAUAAAGAUUCAAAUCAUGAGAUUUGCUCUGAUAUAUUGGAUUUUGGACAAAAAGUCUGAUGUAAUAGCUACCUCAAAAAUUCCUGCACGUGAUCGACACGAAGGAGCUCUAACCUCACUCGAAUGGACGGAUAAAACAACUAAUGUAACUACGAAGCAUUCAGCGAGAGUUUUGAAAAUGGGUUGUAAGAGAUCUGAUUUAGAAAAAUUAGCAAUUGAUGAUGUCGGUUGUAUUAUUGAUCCAAAAAUACAAAAAUCAUACACUAAAGAUGUAUUGGACAAGAAAAAGGAAUUACAAAAUCAAAAAACAAAAAAUAAGAGUGUAGUUAGCCAAAAAUAAAACCGUAGUGAAUCCCUUCUAAAAAAAGCAUCGAUUUUUGAUAGCUUAAAAACUCACAGUCCAUCUGAAUCAACUUCAGAUGUGGUUGAUCCUCUCCAAAAUUGUACCAAAUCAUCUGAUGGGGAAUCAAGUAGUGAAGAUGAUAAGGAAGAUAAAGAAAACGAUACAAUUGCUAAUGAAUUGGAAAGUCCUAUAUUGUCUCAUGAAUUCAUGGAUGGUAUGAGACGUAUAAUGUGCUAUUUUGAAGGUAUUCACCACAGACAAAACACAUCAACAAAUGAACUUCAGACAAAUCAGGCCAUUAAGUGCAUUAAUACAGCUGGUCUAAAUAAGGUCGAAAUUUUCGAAGGCUCAAAUUGUUAUAUACGUAAAGAAAGAUUUGAAUCUAUUCUGCGCCGCCACGGAGAAAAAAAAGAUUGGAAAAAAAUUAUUACGGAGAUCUUAGUCGAAUUAUAUGGAAAUAAUCUACAAUUUUAUUCAGCUAAAGGUUGUAAAGGAUCUCUUGGAGUCUAUUGGCGUCUAAGCGACGCGAUUAAAGAUUUAAUUAAAAUAAAGUUGGCUAUCCCUAUCACAUCAAAAAUGUUUUCCAAACAUAUAAAUAACGUUUGCUGUAACCGGAAGUUAAAAUAUAAAGGAGCGAGUACUUCAACUUCGAGAUCUUCUACAAAACGAUCAAUGGCUACAUCAAAUGAUUCUAAUAAAUUAUCUAAACGACCAAAAAAAUUGGAAUUCUUCCAGCCGAAUCACACUUCAACUCCAUUUGAUGAAACUAUUUCUUCGGAGCUACCUGGAGCUAAAGAUUUCUUUGCUCAAUCACCUGCAUCUAAGUCGUCAGAUUAUUCUACACAGUCGCCGUUACAUGAUCAUCAGGUUAACAUUCAAUCGAGAAUUGAAUCUCCAGGUUACCGUCCUCAGCCACCUCCAACUACGACUUCGACCUAUUUUACACAGCCACCAAGUAGUGAAAAUCCAGGUUACCGUCCUCAGCCACCUCCAACUACGACUUCGACCUAUUCUACACAGCCACCAAGUAGUGAAAAUCCAGGUUACCGUCCUCAGCCACCUCCAACUACGACUUCGACCUAUUCUACACAGCCACCAAGUAGUGAAAAUCCAGGUUACCGUCCUCAGCCACCUCCAACUGCGACUUUGAGCUACUCUUCAGUACCAGCCAGAGUUGAACAUCAGAGUUAUUUUUCUCAACCACUUGGAACUGCUGCUCCAAAUUACUCCCCAAUAUCACCCAGUGUUAAUACGAUUUCAGGUUACUGUACUCAAUCACCAAAUGACUUACCUCCAGUUAAUUGGAUUGAACCAGCUGCACGAGAAAAUGUGUACUGACAAAAUUAUUCUGAUAAUACGCCGAACCACCAUCCGCACUCACAUCAGAAUCAAGAUGAAUCAUCUAAUGCUUCCAACAUUUUUUCAACUUUUGAAUAUUUAUAAUAAUUAUUUUUUUAAUUACUAAUAUUACUAUUAAAUAUAUUAUUGUUAUUAUAGCAUUAUGUCUAACUUCUAUU